CUCCGCCCCCGCCCCGCCCCGCCCCGGCUCGGGCAGCGGGAGGACCCGGAGUGGAGGCUCCCGAGCCCGUGGUGGCGGCGACGAUGUGGUUCUUUGCCCGGGACCCGGUCCGGGACUUCCCGUUCGAGCUUAGCCCUGAGCCCCCCGAAGGCGGGCCGCCUGGGCCCUGGAUCCUGCACCGAGGCCGCAAAAAGGCCACAGGCAGCGCGGUGUCCAUCUUCGUGUACGAUGUGAAACCCGGAGCCGAAGAGCAGACCCAGGUGGCCAAAGCUGCCUUCAAACGCCUCAAAACUCUCCGACACCCCAACAUCCUGGCCUAUAUCGAUGGGUUGGAGACAGAAAAGUGCCUUCACAUCGUGACAGAGGCUGUGACCCCACUGGGAGCAUACCUCAAGGCACGAACAGAAGCAGGUGGCCUGAAGGAGCAGGAGCUGUCAUGGGGGUUACACCAGAUCGUGAAAGCCCUCAGCUUCCUGGUCAACGACUGCAACCUCAUCCACAAUAAUGUCUGCAUGGCUGCUGUGUUUGUGGACAGGGCUGGCGAAUGGAAACUUGGGGGUCUGGACUACAUGUACUCAGCGCAGGGCAACGGCGGGGGACCACCCAGCAAGGGGAUCCCUGAGCUUGAGCAGUAUGACCCCCCGGAGUUGGCUGAUAACAGUAGCAGAGCAGUCAAAGAGAAGUGGUCAGCAGACAUGUGGCGCUUGGGCUGCCUCAUCUGGGAAGUUUUCAAUGGGUCUCUACCUCGGGCAGCUGCCCUGCGCAACCCCGGGAAGAUCCCCAAAUCCCUGGUGACCCAUUACUGUGAGCUGGUGGGAGCUAACCCCAAAGUCCGUCCCAACCCGGCCCGCUUCCUGCAGAACUGCCGGGCACCAGGUGGCUUCAUGAGCAACCGCUUUGUUGAGACCAACCUCUUCCUGGAGGAGAUUCAGAUCAAAGAGCCAGCUGAGAAGCAGAAGUUCUUCCAAGAGCUGAGCAAGAGUCUAGACUCGUUUCCCGAAGAUUUUUGUCGACACAAGGUGCUGCCCCAGCUACUGACUGCCUUUGAGUUUGGCAAUGCUGGGGCUGUGGUCCUCACACCUCUCUUCAAGGUGGGAAAAUUCCUCAGUGCUGAAGAGUACCAGCAGAAGAUCAUCCCCGUGGUGGUUAAGAUGUUCUCAUCCACUGACCGUGCCAUGCGCAUCCGCCUCCUCCAGCAGAUGGAGCAGUUCAUCCAAUACCUUGAUGAGCCGACAGUCAACACCCAGAUCUUCCCCCAUGUCACACAUGGCUUCCUGGACACCAACCCUGCCAUCCGGGAGCAGACAGUCAAGUCCAUGCUGCUCUUGGCCCCAAAGCUGAACGAGGCCAACCUCAACGUGGAGCUGAUGAAGCACUUCGCAAGGCUACAAGCCAAGGACGACCAGGGUCCCAUCCGCUGCAACACCACAGUCUGCUUGGGCAAAAUCGGCUCCUACCUCAGUGCUAGUACUAGACACAGGGUUCUCACCUCCGCCUUCAGCCGGGCCACCAAGGACCCAUUUGCACCAUCGCGGGUUGCGGGUGUCCUAGGCUUUGCCGCUACACACAAUCUCUACUCAAUGGAUGACUGUGCCCAUAAGAUCCUGCCUGUGCUCUGUGGCCUUACUGUGGACCCUGAGAAAUCUGUGCGGGACCAGGCCUUUAAGACCAUUCGAAGCUUCCUGUCCAAGUUAGAGUCUGUGUCAGAGGACCCCACGCAGCUGGCAGAAGUAGAGAAGGAUGUCCAUGCAGCAUCCAGUCCUGGAACAGGAGGAGCUGCAGCCAGCUGGGCCGGCUGGGCUGUGACCGGGGUAUCCUCGCUCACCUCCAAGCUGAUCCGAGCACACCCCACACCUGGGCCAUCUGAGACCACUGUGCCCCAGAGACCAGUGCCAGAGGGAAAUCCUGCUCCAGCCCCUGCCCUUGCCCCUGCCACCCCUGCGACCUCAGGCCACUGGGAGACACAGGAAGAAGACAAGGACACUGUAGACGACAGCGCCACUGCCGACAGAUGGGACGACGAGGACUGGGGCAGCUUGGAGCAGGAAGCUGACUCUGUGUUGGCACAGCAGGAUGACUGGAGUGCCAAGGGCCAAGGGAGCCGAGCUGGACAGGGCAACCACUCAGACAACAAAUCUCUGGAAUCACACUGGAGCAGCUGGGAAGUUGAGGGCUCCUGGGACCAGGGCUGGCAGGAACCCAGCUCUGUCGAACCUCUCCCAGAAGGCACCCGACUAGCUAGCGAGUAUAACUGGGGUGGUGCAGAGCCCAGUGACAAGGGUGACCCCUUUGCUGCCCUGUCUGUUCGUCCCAGUGCUCAGGUACUGGCUCACUGGAGCACAGCAUGGAGUGAACUGUGCUGGGUGUCGACCCCCUACUGCAGCCUGUGUUUUCUUUUUCAGCCCAAGCCAGACCCAGACUCCUGGGGUGAAGACAACUGGGAAGGCUUGGAGGCUGAGAGCAGACAGGUGAAGGCAGAGCUGGCCCGGAAAAAGCGAGAGGAAAGGAGAAGAGAAAUGGAAGCCAAGCGGGCAGAGAAAAAGGCCACCAAAGGGCCCAUGAAGCUGGGAGCCCGGAAGCUGGACUGACAACCCCACCCCCAAACCCCUGGGCAUUUCCAAGCACUGGAGAGCAGUCCCAGCGGAUGUAUUUAUUGUACAAACCAUGUGAGCCUGGUCAGCAGGUCAGGGACAUCUAGUGUACAUAAUCAGAGCCACAAUAAAUUCUAUUUCACAUCCUGGGUUCCA